AUGCUUCGCAAUGCGACCGGCGAGUCGCGCAUUGCGGUUUUCAAGCCAAUGGAUGAGGAGCCGCUGGCCUGGAAUUGCCCUCGCGGGAUGCCGCCGAGCGAAACGGGCGAAGGAUUGAAGCGUGGGACUCGCGUUGGCGAAGGCGCGUUUCGCGAAGUUGCGGCGUAUCUUCUGGACCAUCCACUUCGCGAAGGCGACGCAGAGGGUUUCGCAGGAGUGCCGCGAACCGCGUUGGUUACAUGCGACAUCAAAUUCUUCGCGUCGUCAUUGGGUUCUCCAGUUUCAAUUCUAGGCGGCUUGUCUUCCGCUGAGUUUGGUUCAAGGAAAAUUGGUUCGCUGCAGCAAUUUGUCCCCGCCAUAAGCAACUGCGAGGACAUGGGUCCGUCUCGGUUCGCUGCUUCUGAGGUUCACAAGAUUGCUACUCUGGAUAUGCGGCUGGCGAACACGGACCGAAACGGCGCCAACAUCCUGGUGAAAAGCGACGGCGCAGAUUUGAAGCUCAUCCCAAUCGACCACGGAUAUUGCCUUCCGGAGACGUUGGAAGACUGUACAUUUGAAUGGUUGUACUGGCCUCAAGCGAAGCAGCCUCUAAGCGAGGAUGUCAGGAACUAUAUUGAGAGGCUUGACGCCGAAGCUGACCUGGCGCUUCUACAGGCGGGUGGGUGGGCCGUGAACGGCGCAUGCGCACGCGUGUUUCGCGCGGCGACGCUCCUGCUCAAGAAGGGUUCGGCUGCAAAUCGAACUGUCUUCGAGAUUGGCUCCAUGAUGGUUCGCGACGAUCCCGAGGUUCCAUCCGCGUUAGAAGACAUGCUGGCACGUGCGGAAGAGAAGGCGCUGAGUGGAGCAGCGGACGGUGAUGUUAUUUACUGUCUGGGUGAAAUCCUAGACGACUACUUUGAGUCCAAGGCCCACUAG